GCCUCAUGGGAAAGAAUGUAAUUUGAUAAAGGAGCAAAUAGCUUGUUACUGUUACCUCUUAACUAAAGUCCAGGACCAAAUUGAUGAUAAUUUGUUAUCAUACAUACACGUGGAAAGCAUUAACAAAAUAAAGACUAAAUCACUAAUCUGACAGAGUAACCUUGAAGUUUGUUUAUCUCUUCUUUACCUUAAAUGUCUUUUUCCUCUGAGCAAGCAAUUUCCUAAUUUCAGAUUGUGUAUCUGCAGAAAGCAAUGGUUAGCCUGUUCCAUACAGAAGCACUGUUACCCAUUACUGUGUUCCUCCUUUGGGCAAGUUUGUUAUCAGGCAAGUAUAACAGAUAAGACAACGGAAAUGCAGUUCCUUCUUGUUAUUACUGCAUUGCAAUAUAGGACUUAUGUGUUUUUAUGUCUGUCCGUAUGCACAAUUUUGUUCCACCAGCAAAAGCAAUGAGCAUUAAAACAUUGGUCCCAGCGAUCAUUUAUAUUGAUUGAUUUUUCUUUAAAAAAUAGGCCCAUUAUAUUUUGGUAGAGAACUGGUAUAACUUUAAAGACUGAAAUUUAAAAUGUGGAAAAAUCAUAUUCAAAGUAGGAAUCAGUGGGGCUUAUUUAUCAACACUGGGCAAAUUUGCCCAAGGGCAGUUACCUAUAGCAACCAAUCAGUGAUUAGAUUCUUAGAGCCAGCUGCAAGUAGAACAAUGAAUGCAGCAAUUUGAUUGGUCGCCAGGGGUUACUGCCCAUGGGCAAAUUUACCCAGUGUUGAUAAGUGUCUCCAUACCUAGUUGAUAUGGUUAUACGUGGUUGAUAAGGACUAGGAAUAGGUAGAAGCAGUAUAUAAUGAUAUAGAGAUGAUCUGAUAUAAUGGUCAGUUAAUAUGUGGCUUUUGUGUUUAUUUUAACACAGUUAUUUCCUGUUUGGAUCUGACUGGGAAAACAACAAUAGCUUGUAUAUUCAGUAUCUCAGGAUAUUUUUUUUUUGCAAGUGGCUUUGGUUAUAAGUACAUUGCCAUGAUUCAAUCCAGGGUAAUAGGAAAUAAUUCUGUGCAGCAGUGAGAGUUGUAUGUAUGGGGCCCUCCUCCAUCGACAUUGUAAGAACCCUGCACCCACAGCUCACUCAAUCACUUCCCUAUAAGAACUCCUGAGUGGCAGACUGGCAGGCUAUACGAUUAGCAGCUGCACGAAGAAGAAGAAGAAGAAGAAGAAGUUCCAUUCACUGUUCCAUCCACUGUUCCAUCCAGCUGUUCUCAUAACCAGAGGUUAAAGGGGAAGUAAAGGGAGACACACAUCCCAUCAUAGACUACAGCCACGACCUAUGUGAUAACCAGGGUUCAAGCUGUUCGGGUAUUAAUUUAUCAGCAGCUCCUCACCUGUUUCUACGAGUCCCUGAAACUGCAUUGAGACUGAUAAAGAGGUAGCGCCCAUACUGGGAAGAGGGAGCUGACGCCGGAGUCACGUGACAUGGCGGGCGAUAUAAAUAAGGAGGGAGCGGUGGGAAGGGCAGUAGAAUCGCAGUGGUCCUGGCACUUGUGGCGGCGAGUCCUGUUAACCAAGUGGGGGGGAAGCUCCUGAAUAGGGAGGGGGUGCAACACAGACAGAGAUGAGGUGCCAGUGGGAUGAAUACUGAUCAAUGGUGAUCUCUCUCUCCGAGAAGUCAAAGUGAAUUGUGUACUGUGGAAGAGGGCAGCCCAUUCAGCCUUGAUCCACUAGGGGGGUCGUGGAGUUUGCUUUGGGAGUAGCCGCGAACUUGCUGCUCUUAUUACAAUGACUUUGGGCACAGAGAUGUCUGAUAACUCGCUGCUCUCGGAGGACACCGACAUCGAUGUGGUGGGUGACAUGGGCGCCAAGGAUGGCAAAUACUCCGAUUACCACUCGGACAACGACUCUGACGAUAACGUGGCCAGAACUCCCAGGGGAGACCCCGCUUCCCCAGACCUGUCAUCCGGAUCAGAGUCAAACCAGAGAGCGGAGAAGAGCCCCAAGAACGCGCUGGUGAAGCCCCCCUACUCGUACAUCGCUCUGAUCACCAUGUCCAUCCUGCAGAGCCCCAAGAAGAGACUGACCCUCAGCGAGAUCUGCGAGUUCAUCAGUAACCGCUUCCCUUACUACCGGGAGAAGUUCCCCGCCUGGCAGAACUCCAUCCGCCACAACCUCUCGCUCAACGACUGCUUCGUCAAGAUCCCCCGGGAGCCCGGCAACCCCGGCAAGGGAAACUACUGGACUCUGGACCCGGAGUCGGCCGACAUGUUUGAUAAUGGCAGCUUCCUGCGAAGGAGAAAAAGGUUCAAAAGGCAACAAAGUAACGAGAUCCUGAGGGACCCCAGUAGCUUCAUGCCUGCCGCCUUUGGAUAUGGACCUUAUGGCUAUAACUAUGGGCUCCAGCUGCACAACUACCAGCAGCACCCGGGUGCCACCUUCUCUUUCCAGCCCAGCCACUGCCCUUUGCCCCCGCCGGCCUCAGUCUUCUCCAGCCCCACCUUGUCCCCUUUCCUGGGCAAUGAACUCAGUAGGAAAUCCUUGUACUCGCAGCUGAGUCCCACCUUGCCCAUCUUACACACUUUAAAACCCGAUGCGCAGAGCAGACCUUCCUUCUCUAUAGACAAUAUCAUAGGGGGAUCCGGAUCCACCCCGAGCCCGACCUCCCCAUACACAGCCCAGCCCGGGACCCACCCGCCGGUCAUUGCAAUGCUCAGCCCAUCACUGGCCCCAAUGCACAACCAUCUCAACUUGGCCCACGAAAACCUCUUGCCACCUGGACAGAACUUUUCAAGUAAAAUCACAAAUCUUAACAGCUGUCACUUUUAAAACAAACAAAAAAAAAAAACUCAUAUGUCUCAACCUGUGUAUUUAAGGUAGGAAUCGUUUUUUUAAUAGAACUUUUUGACCUGCAUCCUGCUACCCCAAUCGAAAGAAAUGUAUCUAUUUAUAAAGUGUAAAUGUGUAAUGUUGACGCCACCCUUACCUGAUCCAUCACUGAAAUGCCAAAGCGUUUAAUUCAGCACCAUUAUUAUUUGCCAUGGGGACAGAAUUUGAAGGCGAAUUUACGCAUUUGCCUGAAGCCCUUUACAAAGAGACUAUUGCACAGCGCAGUACUUGUUCAGCUCUUAUCCAAACGAUUUCUAUGUUACAAGCACUGCUACCAAAAUCUCAGGAUUAGAACACUUUAACGCAUUGUUGGUUUUUGUCACAAGAUGUCUUAAAACUAUGAAUAAUCUGCUUACCCAAAUAAGUUCCAGUUUUAUUACAGAUACCCCCCUUUUUUUUCUACCUGUGUUUUGUGUAUAUGUAAUUAUUCUGUAUAUCGUUUAUAGUUCGGAGGGUAAAGAGCAUAGUGACCUCUUCACCACAUAUGCCAGCUGUGCACUGUUUUGUGUUUAUAUCUCAUGAAUUGGAUGUGUGAAUAAUUCAGUGGUGUAAGUGAAAACAAGCAAUGGUGCACCACUUGGUGAAAAAAACUUUGAAAUAAAUAUUUGUGAAUUUUAAAAUUGUCUACAUAUGUGUUUUCUUGGGAGAGAAGAAAACAUCAGUUAAAUACAAUAAUA